AUGUGGUUUAACAAAUCAACUGGUACAGAAGAAUACGAACUUGUAAACCAAGAACCAAUUGUUAAUGAUUUAGAAGGCCAGACUUCGGGACACAAUUUUGCGCCUACUUCUAGUUCCAAAAGUUCAAGUGAAUCGCUGUCAUCAGAUAUAUUUGAAGAUAUUGAUGAAUACACCCAAAGGCAGCAGGAUACAGAUGAUUUCAAUCUUGACUCCAAGUUUCAAACAGCACUCCAGAAAUACAAGGACACUGGGUCAGCAAACAAGAAAAUCUGUGCGUUAGUGAGUGGAGUUGUGGCGGCCAUCUGGGUAAUAGCAUUAAUAGUGUAUUCGCAAGGAGCAGCAUUAUCUAUCGUUUCUGAUUUGAAAUGGAAGACGAAUAUAACGGUGAGUGGUAAUAAUGUGACGUUGAAUCAUUAUGAUCCUGCGAAUAACAACUUGACUCUAGAUUUAUACAGAAAGGGCACAUUUUUCCCAUUCAAAGAACAUGUCGAAUGGUUAAAUAUCAAGCAAAAACCAACACACGAGACACAAGACGGAUUUUAUUUAACACGAGGCAUGAAGGGGAGUUUUGAUGUUAAACUGGUGAAUAGAGUUUCAUCCAGGACAAUAAUAGAUAGCAUUCAAUUCUCAUACAAGAAUAAUUUCUUUAUCAUUGAUGAAUUAAAAUUGAACCCUGCAAAAUCAAUAGACGAAGCAGAAAACUUUCACAUAGUGGUGUCGGAUACAUUAUCUCAGUGGAGACAUCUGAGUUUUGCCAUAUACUGGAUAUACAAUACUGAAACAACUGAGUAUAUACCCAUACAACCACCCAAGACACAAGAAACUCAGAAUGAAGUAUCACCUUUAGAGCAUGAAAAGCUUAAAAAACUUCAUUUUGCAGAAUUCUCACCCAAAGGUGAUUUCAUAGUUUUCGGAUUUAAUCACAAUUUAUAUUUGCAAAAUAUAAAAUCUCUGGAGAUCACCGAAAUUACAAAAAAUGGGUCUCCACAUAUUUUUAAUGGUAAGCCAGACUGGGUCUAUGAAGAAGAGGUCACUGGUGAUCAAAAGCUCUUUUGGUGGUCUCCUAAUCAAGAAAAUUUAGUAUAUGUUUCAUUAGAUGAUUCAGAAGUCAACGAAUACGACUUAGACUAUUAUAUUAAAGAUUCUGAUGAAAUUGGAGAUACAUAUAAUGAAUCAAAAGACGAAAUAGUAGAUAAUGUUAAACAGUAUCCUACUAAAAAAUCAAUUAAAUAUCCAAAACCUGGAACUCCUAUCCCUAAGGUAUCUAUCCAUAAUUUUAAAUUAGCUUCUAAAGAGUCAUCCAAAUUAACCAUUAAAGAGUUAAGUUCAAAGAGCGAUUUUUUAUUUUACGAUGGGAUUUGGGUUGAUGAUAAGAAUUUUUUAAUGAAGCAUACUGACCGUACGAGUAAAGUAUUAACCAAAAAAUUAUAUCAACCUGAGAAAUCAAAUGACAUAAAAGAAGUGAAUUCUAUAAAUGCCACUAAAGAAUAUAAUGGGUGGGUAGAAAAGGCUUCUCCUAUGACAAUUAUUCCUACCGAUAAUGGAGAAAAUAGCUACAUUGAUAAAAUAGUUAUUAAUAGGCGUACUCAUUUAGCCUUGUUUGAAAAGGCUGCCUCGAAAGAACCAUCAAAAAUUUUGACUGAUUCAAAGGACUGGGAGAUUAUUUCAGACUCCCCCGUUGUAUAUGAUAAGACAGAAAAUAUUGUUUAUUGCUUAUCUACUAUGAGGAGUUCAAUGGAAUCGCAUUUGAUUGCAGUCAACUUGAUCACAGAGAACAACAUACAUAUAAUUACAGAUAUAAAUAAAGAUGGCUUCUAUGAAAUCAGCUUUGACCAAGAUGGACAAUAUCUUAACUUGAAUUACAACGGGCCAAAUAAUCCUUGGCAGAAAUUAAUAAACAUGGCAGAUAUCCAUAACAUUCUUGAAUCAAGAGGGAAUAAAGGUAAAGAAGAUUCGGUUACUGAUUUGCUAGAUAAAACCAAACCUAUUAAUCACGUUGAACUAAUCAAAGACGCUUUGAAAAGGACCAAUAUACCGACAAGGUUAUAUAAAACAGUCAGUAUUGAUAAAUUUCCAGACAAGUCUCUAGUAGAUUUGAAUGUUAUUGAAAUUUUUCCACCUAAUUUUGACCCCAAUAGGCGCAAAUACCCAUUGUUGGUUCAUGUCUAUGGCGGACCUGGAUCACAGACUGUUGAUAAAAGGUUUAGUGUUGAUUUUCAGGACGUGGUAAGUGCAAAACUCGAUGCAGUUGUUUUAAUUAUAGAUCCUAGAGGCACAACUCAAGAUUGGAAAUCGAGGUCAUUUGUAAGCGGAAAGCUUGGUUAUUGGGAACCUAGAGAUAUUACUACUGUUGUUUCCGAAUAUAUUAAAGUUAAUGAGAAAUUUAUAAAUAAAGACAGGACUGCAAUUUGGGGAUGGUCAUAUGGUGGAUUUACAACAUUAAAGACUUUAGAGUAUGACCAUGGGGAAACAUUCAAAUUUGGUAUGGCAGUGGCACCUGUUACGAAUUGGCUAUUUUAUGACUCUGUUUAUACAGAAAGAUACAUGGGAUUACCAUCAGAAAAUAAAAACUAUGAUAAAACUUCCCGCAUAAAAGAAUUCAAACAUUUCGAUUCUGUUAAAAGGUUCUUGAUUAUGCAUGGUACAUCCGAUGAUAACGUCCAUUUACAGAAUCUGAUGUGGCUCUUAGAUAAGUUUAAUUUGAAUAACUUGGAAAAUUAUGAUGUCCAUUUUUUUCCUGAUAAUGAUCACUCAAUUUAUUAUCAUAAUUCAAAUACUAUCGUAUAUGACAAAUUACUUCAUUGGCUAUUUGAUGCAUUUAGUGGUAAAUUUGAUAACUUUGUAUAG